UGAAUUAUUUAAUUUGAGACAGCAAAAUGUCGAAAGUGUCGCUGGUGUGGCUGCUGCCGCUGUUUCUGCUCCUUGGCAAUGCCUGGGGACAUCAGGAGCUGAGCAAUCUGCUGGAGCAGCAGAAGAAGGAUUUCGAUUUGUCGCCAGCUGAAGUGGAUGCCUUGCGUCCAUUAUAUCGCGAGCUGCAGGCACAGUAUGAUUAUAUUUACAGCCAAAAGUUGCAGGAUGGCGAUGGCAGUGCUCACUUGGAACAGCCAACCGAUCUUAAGAUGGAUGAUGAUUAUGCCAAGGCUUUUGAUGAGCUCCGUGCUCAGUUUGCCGGAUAUGUGAGCUAUAAGCCAAGCAUUGAUUACGACACGUCGCUGCCGACCUUGGAACAGUUAAUAGGAUCACCUAGGGCUGAUAUGACGGAGCAGGAGCUGAUGGAGUGGCAGGAUCUACAGGCUAUACUCCAGGAUGUGAUUGACGAGUCCCAGUUGGGUAUCAAUCAGCUCGUGAAACGCGCCAUCGACCUGGAAAUCAAUUUGUUGACUCUCAACAAGCCAAAGAUUGUGUUGGCUGUCAUCGCUGGUCUGGAGACCAUGUGGAAGUUCUGGGGACGUGGCGCACAGGCUGCUUACUGCAGCUACUCCCACGUGCCACAAUUUACCGAGGCACUUCACGCCAUCAACGGUGGCGUCGAUUGCUACACCUACACCAUGGGAAUCGUACUAAAGAUCCAGAAUGAAACCGUCGCCUCCAUCAAAGAGAUAAAGCGUAAUAUCCAAGGUCUUGUGAAGAUCUAUCAGAAGAUUGCCGCCAAGAAAACUUUAAUGGGACAAAUACUAACCGGAACGUUGAAUGUGUUCAGUGCUCUCCGCCGGGUGCACGACAUCAUCGCGGUGGGCAUCGCUGGCUAUGACAAGGUCAACAACGAAUUGCCAGGUGCGGCACAACAUUCAGCUCAAUGUGGCGUCGAUUUUGUCAAUAGCAUUCCACAAAUGAUUGAAACGACACAAAAUGUGACGACCUGCAUCACCUUCGUCAACCCCGACAAACCAGAUUAUGAAUUCCUCAAGCCGGAGGAGGAUCGCUAUUAUAACACCGGUGGAAAACCUGAGGAUAUUCCCCACGAGAACGACGUCGAUGAAGAUGAUGACGACGACAAUAAUGCCGAUCAUGCCGAUGAUGACUACGUGGAUCAUAGAUAGAAGCCCUUAUCAAGGAUUAUGGUUAUGAUUCUUUAUACAUCAAAAAUGUAUAAAUACAAAUUACAUUUGCACAAAAUAUAAACAAAAUAAAUACAAUAACAAAAUAAA